CGCUGUCAGUAACACAUAGACUGGAAGUUACCGUGAAUUGUGAGGGUUAGGCCUAAGUAAAUAAAACUUUCUUUUUGACAUUUGAGUUUAUAUUAAAUUUUGAAUAAAUUAUGUCUUUUACCGAAAAGCGAAAAGCCGAGGAAGGAGCAUUAGUUCCAGUUAAACGAAUGAGAAAUGAUGUUGUUGCGAUUUCUGAUACUAGUCGCAAAUCGGUAGUUCAAUCGGGUCCUCCUCGAACAUCCAGCUUAGAUGCUCCUAUUAUGUUGUUGGCUGGACAUCAAGGAGAAAUAUUUUCCUGUAAGUUCUCACCAGAUGGUACUUUCUUGGCAUCGGCAGGAUUUGAUCGACAGAUCUUUCUUUGGAACACCUACGGAGAUUGCGAGAACUUUGCUGUAAUGUCUGGCCACACUGGAGCACUUCUUGACCUUCAUUUUUCAACAGAUGGAAUGAACAUAUUCACAGCUUCAACAGAUAAAACAGUUAGUAUGUGGGACUGUGAGGUGGGUAUUAGGAUGAAGAAAUUUCGAGGCCACACCUCCUAUGUCAACUGUUGUCAUGUUGCUAGACGAGGACCUCAGCUUGUAUGCAGUGGUAGUGACGACUGUACUAUUAAGGUUUGGGAUUACAGAAAGAGGGGAGCAGUUCAUACAUUCCAAGAAACGUAUCAAGUCACUGCAAUCACCUUCAACGACACGGCGGAACAGAUCAUUACAAGCGGUAUUGAUAACCUUGUGAAGGUUUGGGAUCUGAGGAAAAAUGGAGUUCUUUACAAAAUGCCAGGUCACACUGAUACAGUCACAGGGCUAUCUCUAAGUCCAGAUGGGUCUUACGUGCUUUCUAAUGCUAUGGACAAUUCUUUAAGAAUCUGGGACAUCCGUCCGUUUGCUCCCCAAGAAAGGUGCUUGAAAAUCUUCCAGGGUCAUCAGCACAAUUUUGAAAAGAACUUGCUACGCUGUAGUUGGGCACCAGAUGGCAGUAAGGUAUCUUCUGGAUCUUCUGAUAGGUUUGUGUAUAUUUGGGACACUACAUCUCGAAGAAUUCUGUACAAGUUGCCUGGUCAUAAUGGAUCUGUAAAUGAAGUUGUAUUUCAUCCCGAGGAACCUAUAGUACUCUCAUGUUCAAGCGAUAAACAAAUUUUCCUGGGAGAAAUUGAACCUUGAAGAGAAGUUCAGCUGAAGUGAUCUUGGAGCACAUUACUAAUAACAUUUCCUGUACAUUGACUUCAAAAAUCUGUGCUUGUUCAGCAGACUUAGACUAUUUUUGUUUCUGUUGCAGCAAAAUGAUGAGGUUUUAAUAAAUCAUUCGUUUUUAAUAUUCA